AUGGACAUCGCACAAGCACUCCAAACCCACUCCACCGCCAUAAAAUGCAUUGACAUGCACACGACCGGCGAGCCCACGAGGAUCAUCUACGCCGGCUUUCCGUCAUUACGCGGUACAACACUCCUCGACAAGCGCGACGAUGCCCAAGCAAACUAUGACCACAUUCGGAAACGCCUAAUGCUUGAACCGCGGGGUCACAGCGACAUGUACGGCGCCAUUUUAGUGGCAGAUACGGAGCUCGUGCGGUCCGGCGCCGCGCAUAUCGGUGUGUUGUUUACGCAUGCAGGCGGGUUCUCGACCAUGUGUGGACAUGCAACAAUUGCAAUGGGGAGGUUCUUGGUUGAUACGAAUGACCUCAAUGUUUUUCCAAAAAGGGACGAGCUGGUUGUGGAUGUUCAGAAGAAAGAGGUGGAGGUUCGGAUUCACGCCCCGUGUGGGGUUGUCACGGCGACUGUUCCGGUUGUUAUUGACGAGCAUGGAAGAGCUAAGUCUGAUGAGCGUAGGGGCGUUUCGUUCCUUUCGACGCCGGGAUAUGUUGCUGGCCUAGGGAUUGAGGUGGAGAUUCCGGAGGAGGUAAGGUGGAGGGAGUUCGGCCAGAGGAAAAGUAUUGUGUUUGACGUCAGCUAUGGCGGCGCGUUUUAUGCGCUCGUUGAGGCGCGGGACAUGGGGUUUGAGCAAGGGCUAGAAGGGAACGACGCUGAUAUGAAAGCUCUGGCUGCUGCCGCGCGAAACCUUAAGAAAUAUCUGUCGACGCAUCCGGCUGUGCUCAAAGCGCUGCAACGGUCUGAAGAUGAGAGACUUUCUUUCCUGUACAGUGUUAUGGUGGUUGAUUCGAAGGUCGGGUACCUGCCGGAUGGUUGCAACGGCGCCGAGACAGGGGUGUGCUUUUUCGGCGACAGUGACCAGGUUGACCGUUCGCCCACAGGAUCGUGUGUGACGGCAAGAAUGGCACUGGCGCAUGCAAAGGGAAUCAGGAGGCCUUCACAGCGUUGGGCAUACAAUUCCCUUGUAUCCAAUCAGUUCCGCACUGGUGCUUUCCAGGGUACAAUUGUCGACCAGGGAGCCAGUGUGACAGGGUUCAACGGCGACAAUUGGCCAGCAGUAAUUGUGCGCGUGGAAGGGAGUGCGUAUUAUACUGGAGCGAUGACCUUUAUGUAUGAGGAAGGUGAUGUCGCAAGCAAAGCGGGAUUCACAAUGGGUAUUUGA